ACUAGCACGACGGCUGCUAUCUACGCAGCCAUUGACUCGAUUAAAAGAUCUAAGACUGACAAACUACUCUCAGUCGCCGACUCUCUAGACAUAAAGGCCGCCUUCGAUAACGCUUGGUGGCCUGCCCUUUUCCACAGACUCAGGCAUAUCGGCUGUCCACUAAACAUCUACGGACUCAUUCACAGUUACACACAAUACCGCACAGUCAUGCUUGACCAUUCCGGCUCCAGGGUGUCUAAGACCAUGUCCAAGGGCUGCAUCCAGGGUUCGACCUGUGGCCCUCACCUAUGGAAUAUUAUCCUCGAUGAGCUCCUGGAAAUCGAGCUGCCUCCGGGCUGUCAACUCCAGGCCUUCGCGGAUGAUGUUUUGCUGGUUGCAUCAGCGAAAACUGCGUCUGAUUUGCAGGUUAACAUUAACUCUGCACUUCACACAAUCACCGGCUGGGGCAAAGGAGUCAAGCUCUCUUUUAGCCCCGCCAAGACACAGGCUUUCAGCGCCAAAGCUAAACAAAUACUCAUCACCAUGGACUCGCACACAAUUCACUUUCAGAAGAGCAUCAAGUUCCUUGGUGUGAUUCUGGAUGAUAAACUUAACUUUCGCGAACACAUCAACCACAUCGUCUACAAAGCCACAAAAAUUUUCAACAGACUCUCCUUCUUCUGUAGACAUAUAUGGGGGGCCCACCCAGAAAACAUACGCAUUAUAUACUUGCAGGUGAUCCAGCCUAUCAUUACAUACGCAGCCGGAGUGUGGGGACACGUGGCCGAUACGAAGUGCGUGAGGAAGAAACUCCUGUCUAUGCAGAGAGCCUUCGCCCUAAAGGCCAUCAGAGGAUUCAGGACAGUGUCCACCUCUGCUGCUCUCGCACUCGCCCUGUUCACCCCCCUGGAUCUUAAAGUCAAAGAGGCGAACCGGGCCGAAGCUACGCGCCUCACCGGCUCGUCCCCACUACUUCCAGCUCACAUCACACUGGAGUCUCCAACUCCUCCACAUCUUCUCCUUCAUCCAGCCCACAGACAUACAUACGACUCACACACGUUCUGGACCCAAAACGAGGUCCAGGAAUUCCAGUCAAGAGCUCACCCUAACACCACCCACACCUUCACCUAUGGGAGCAAACUUGAGGAUGGCGCCGUCGGGGCGGCCUUCGUCAGUUAUGAUCGAGGACGCAAUCCCAUCAGUAAGAAGUUAAAGCUCCACAACAGUUGUAUUGUUUUCCAGGCUGAGCUUCUAGCCAUUCUCAAAGCUUGCGAAUGGGCCUCUUCUAACCAACAUACACGCACGGUUAUUUAUUCAGAUAGCUGCGCUGCCAUUCUCGCCAUCCAGAACCGCAGUAACACACACCCCUUGGUUGCGAAAAUACACUCGACAGUACACCACACGUCCGGGUCCAUCGAGUUCGCCUGGGUCAUGGCCCACGUGGGCAUAGUGGGGAAUGAGGCUGCAGACACCGCUGCCAAGCGGGCAGAUAAGCUUCACAAAGCCCCGGACUACACACAAUUUCCUAUCAUCUUUAUAAAACACUAUACACGAUCACUCCACGCCUCAGUCUGGCAGUUUCGAUACGAGAGCGAGCCACAAGGACAACACACUAAACAACACCUCCCUACAAUUAUUAAACACAUCAUUAAAUUACACUCACUUGCUCACAACACAUUCACACUUACCCAAACACUUACAGGACACGCCUACACGAAACAAUAUUUACACCGAGUUAAGGUCACGGAGGAUGCUGUCUGUCCGUGCGAUGGCACCACGGUGCAGUCAAUGGGUCACGUGCUCGAGGACUGGCCGCUUUUCAUCACCCCGAGAUCCGACCACCAGAUAAUCUGCAGCCACGCCGGGGUCUCUCCGUUCAACAUGGCCUCCCUUCUGGAGGACAAAGAAGCAAACAUAUCUUUUAUUAAAUUUUCCGAAUAUAUUAUCAACCACCUCAAAGCUUUUAACAACACCUAA